CUAUACUCGGAAGCAGCUUCCUGGUCCACGUAUUGAGAAGUUUACCUCCUGUUUUAUGUGGCUGAUAAUGUUCGGGGAUCGUGUUUAUAUCAAAAGCAUGUUUGUACCUCGUUUUGCCGUAUAACAUCUGUGAUAUAUAGCCGAGUCACAUUUUCUGUCAUUGGUGCGUCGCUGAUAACGAUUGCAAAAUGUCUUGGUUUGCGGAGAUUGCUGGGAAGGCUGAAGACUUCCUGAACAAAAUGGAUCAAGGAGCAGCCACUGCACUACACAACAAUGAGACCAGAUCAUCAUCGCGAAUGUCAUUCUACGAAGGUGAUUCGGCUGCUACCCCAGAAUACAACAGCCAAAAGUACACUGACGGCCCAUCUACAGCAUACCAUGUCCCUGAACAUUCUCGGAACACAUCCAGCUACAUCUCCGCAGCUGCGGGCAACAUCAAGAAAUCCAAUGCGACUCUCAUGGCUGGGACAGCUGGUGUCUCAAGUUCUCCCUCUGGUUCUUUGGCCAGUGCUCAUAACCCAAAAGCUUCCACUGGCUUUGUGAGGCCCAAGAAGAGUGAGCAGGAUGUGGACGACGAUAUGCUCUUUGACUUUUUAAACAGCUCCGAGCCCCCAACCGCCAGGAGAGACUCCAGACGUGACAUAUUAAAAGUGGCGCCGGUGGUGGAGUUGAAAAAUCCAACGCCACCGCCGUCAACCAACCCUUCGGCGCCAUCCACGCCUCCCUCAACACGAGGUGUUUCCAGAGCGUCCAGCUACAGCUCGCUGUCUGGUCAUAGCAACAAAACACCGGACGAGAACUCUGCCAAGGACCAAGCUGCAACUGACACACCUGAGGGUUCAGACUCCGACAUGGCUGUCCCCCCGGAGCCCGGCAGACAGGAGUCCCUCCGUGCAGAGGAGCCGCAGAGUCAGAUCAUGUCCAGUCUGCGUCUGGAGAACCAGCUCCUUCGCAGUGAAGUGGCUUCACUGAACCAGGAGAUGGCUUCGGUGAUACAGCGGGCUAAAGACAUCCAGGACGAGUUAAACCACGCCCGGUUACGAGCUGACAGGUGGAACUCCGAGCAAUCUCAGAGUGACAGAGCCAUGAGGGAGUUGCGGUCGCAGGUUGAUGACCUCACAGAGACCUUGUCCGCCAAAGACGGGCAACUUGCUGUUCUCAAAAUAAGACUCGAUGAGGCAGACCAGCUGCUGAAGUCACGCAGUGUGGCACUGGAAGAGGCACAGAAGGAGAAAUCAAGAAUGGUGCUUGACCACACUGAGGGCAGCAGUGUGCAUUCACAAGCAAUAGAGUCAUUGCAGGAGAGGCUGCGAGAGGCCGAGCAGGCUGUUCGCAGGGGAGAGGACAGCUUUCGACAGAUGCAGAGUGAAUUUUCAAGCCGUUUGUCCAAGUUGGAAGCUGAACGCCAGACACUAGCCGAGAAUGUGACUGCAGCAGAAAGGCGAGCGACGGAGGAGAAGAUCAAGACGGAGGAACUUCAGCAGCAACUGCGAGGAGCCAAAGCUGCGGCUGAGAACGCCAAGCAGGAGCUGCAGGACUACAAACACAAAGCGUCGCGAAUAUUACAAUCCAAAGAGAAGUUGAUCAGCAGUCUGAAGGAGGGAUCUGGCCUGGAAACGCUGGACGGCAGUGGGGCUAUGGCGAUGGAAAUGGAGGAGCUGCGUCAUGAGAAAGAGCUGCAGAAGGAGGAGAUACAAAAACUGCAGGGACAAGUGCACACACUUCGAUCUGAAAUACAGGAUUUGGAGACACAGGCUCUGACUGAGACGGAGGCGUGGCGUGAGCAGCAGGUCCAGCUGCAGGAGCAGCAGGCCUUACAGACCAGAGCCAAACAGGAGUUGGAAGCUGAGGUGGAGCGACACAAACAGGAGCUUCAGUAUGUAGAGGAAGAGCAUCAUCGAGCCAAAACUACGUUGCAAAGCCGGCUAAAAGACAGAGAGGAUGAAAUCCAGAAGCUAAGAAACCAGUUGACCAAUAAGACCCUGGGCAGCAGCAGCCAACUAGAGCUGGAGAAUCGACUCCGCCAGCUGACGGAGACGCUGAUUCAGAAACAGACCAUGUUGGAAGCAAUGGGAACAGAAAACAGCUCACUGGUGUUCCAGCUGGAGCGUCUGGAGCAGCAACUGAAGAGCACACAGGCGGGUCAGAGUGCACAGGCCAUCAACAUGAGCAAUCUAGAGGGAGCAGCAGCACGACAAAGAAACGCACCAGUUCUCUUCAGUGAUCAUGAAACUCCGGGGGUGUAUGGCAAAGUACGCAAGGCUGCGAGCACAAUCGAUCGUUUCAGCAUAAGAUUAGGAAUCUUCUUGAGGCGCUACCCGAUAGCCAGAGUCUUCGUCAUUGUGUACAUAGCACUGCUGCACCUAUGGGUCAUGAUUGUUCUGCUGACUUACACCCCAGAAAUGCAUCAUGGUCAUCCAGACGGAAGAUAAUUCGUUUUGAACAAGUUCUAUUUAUGCAAGAAGGGUGCAUUUGGCUGACUGGUCUGGUUUUGCACACACAUGCUGAGUUCAGAGUACUUCCUUGAAGGCCUGUAGCUAUCAUGUUUUAAGAUAUUACCGAUAGUGUAUUUAUUGGUGAUGGAAAUAUGGAUUGGGGGUCUUGAAUGGGCAUCAAAUUUAUUCCUCUGCUCUAAUGCUUUCAGACUUCCUCCAAGAGGUUGUAUUUAACACUGUAAAGAAAUUUUAUUAAAUGAGAUAUGAAGUAGUGUCUGUCUUUCAUUGUUUUUACAAUGUGGAAUGGUGUGAAUCCGCUUACUUUAUCUGAUCUUUACUGAAGAAUGGCAGAUCUGUUGUGUCAGUUACAGAGACUAAAUAAAUUGUAU